UUACGUAGUGUCGACGGGAGAAUGUCUUUGAUUGACGAAAUGUUAAGGAUGAGGAAGGAAGCGAGCCCUCCUUCCCAGAGUUUGAGUGGAGGAACUGGGGAAGACCAUGAUAGCCGGCCUUUUAAUACGAGAAUCUAUCAUCGGACUUCCAAAAUGCGACGUAGGACAGUCACCGACUAAGUCGCGACGUUCCGUGACGUAAUAACUUUUUUAUAUACAGCCUGUGACACAAGAGAGACAUAAUGAAUACGUAUGGGGAUCUUACACAGGGCCUUUCAAGUGUAAAACAUGUUUCAAUCACAGCGCCAUAGCCACUAACAGACCGAAGGUCGUCUAAUUUUGUGUUGUUUUCUUUGUGUAAAUCACAGUCAAACUGUGGCUUAAAACAUUCGCGUUGCAAGACUGAAGAAAGACUCGAAACACUUUCAAGACAGCUGGCCGACAGUAGAAUAGGUAGGUGACUUUCAGAAUACACUGAGCAAGCUUGGUCAGUGCUCGGAACAUGUUCAUUCAGCUGCAUUGUCUGCAAAGUAAAACUCGAACUGUAACUGUCUGACGUCACUUUGCCUUGUUUCGGGUAACGCUGCUCUGCUAUCCGAACAGGUGCUUCCCUCUGGUGGCUGUUUCCUUAUUGCCGCUGUUAUUCCAAGCGAGUGCACUCCCUGUACUAGUUUUUAUGUGCUGUGUUCUCUCAAGUUUUAAAGUUGUGAAUGUGUUUUGUGUGUUUGUAUUUCUGAAACUCGUGUUUUUUAAGGGUAUUUAUAGUGGUGUACUGAAAAUUAAUAGCUUGAACAGAAAAAGGAAGUAAUUAUAUGAUGACCGGCAUGAAAUGGCGGGUGUACGUGACAAACCGAAGUCGUUCAAAGUUUCGUGUUUUGAUUUGUGUGGUUAUAAAAAGCAGAGAAGAAGGAUUUGACCGUCGAAUGAAGCUCCAAACGACAGAUAACACGGUGUCUGUCGAUGGCCCCCGAGGCCGUUCCGGUCACCAGUCAUGUACAGCAGUGUGGCGGCACAGCAUAACUACACGGGCAGUGCCGAAACGCAAAGCAAUCAGCAGGACCAACAGCAGACGCAGGAUGCAGAGGGCGAGAAACAGGACAACGGACGCGCCACGCAGCGACACCGCCCCCAUCGCCACCCCCGCCGCCACCAGUCCUUCACCACGCGACUGUUCAAGUACAUCAAGCAGCAGUUCAACCCCGAGAAAGGAGAAGAGGAGGAGCUGGACGAGUUCAGUGUCCACGCGACCCGGCACCGCCCCGAGGAGCUCACGAAGCUCGCCAGGACGACCAAGUUCACCCGCAAGGAGAUUCAGCUCAUCUACCGCGGGUUCAAGCAGGAAUGCUUCAAGAACAUCUUCUCCCAGUUCUUCCCCCAAGGCGAUGCGAGCCAGUACGCGCACUACGUCUUCAACACGAUCAAACACAACCAGACGGGCAAGAUAAGUUUCGAGGAUUUCCUUGGCAUCCUGUCCAGAGUGUCUCGGGGCAGCGUCCAGGAGAAGCUGCAGUGGAUAUUCGGUCUCUACGAUCUCAAUGGAGACGGCCUCAUCACCAAGAGCGAGAUGCUGGACGUUGUGACGUCAAUCUACGAGAUGCUGGGCCGCUCCACUGAGCCCGUCGUAGAGGAAAACUCGGCUAAGGAGCACGUAGAGAAGAUCUUCCAUCUAAUCGACACAAACAAGGAUGGUGUGGUGACAAUUGACGAGCUAGUGGAGUGGUGCUCCAGAGACGAACAGAUUCUCCAGUCUCUGGAGACGCUGGAUACAGUGUUGUGAUCCCGACACAGGUGCCACCUGGCGGCGGUGUGUGCGAACUACAUAUGAAAACAUGAGCAAUGUCAGGACUGUCGACUGUCGCGAAUCGAUAAUUGCAGGAGACAUAUUAGGAGGUAAACACUAAUCGUGGUUAGUUUGCUUGGCGGAGAUUUUAAGAAAAUAAUUUUCAGAUUUCGUAUGUGUUGAUGGUUUCUUCGUUGUACAAACCUCAGAUCCCGGAAACCAAAUCUAGCCAGCAGCAGUUGGAAAACUAUACAUCACGGCAAUCAGCAUGUCGUAGGCGAAAAUUGUGCAAAAAAUCGACGGACAUGGUGGGUCAGCAAACGAUCAUUGACACAGGCGUGAUUUUGAAACCAAGCAA